AUGGCCGCUGCUCGUUCCACUUCCCUGCGCGCUCUGCGCCAGCUCUCUCAGCAGCCCAUCGCUGCCCCUGCUCGCCGUGGCCUCCACAUCACUGGCGUCCAGUCUGCUCAGCCUGCCAACCCCGCCGACAAGGCCUCUCUCUAUGCGGCUCGCAGCCUGCCAGACCUGAAGUCCGAGUGCCAAAGACGCUCGCUCCGUGCUGCUGGCAGCAAGUCCGAGCUGAUCGAACGCCUCUCCAACCACGACGUCCUUCAGUCUCGUGCCUUCAGCAUUGCAAUGCGCCGCAUCAACAGCAAUGCUUUCGCUGACACCCCCUCAACGCGCCAAUUUAACACAUCCCGUUCCUCCAAAGCUAUCGGCGACACCUCCACAGUCGACCUAGUCUACAUGCCCUCAAUGGCCGACAUGGAAACGACCUUCUCUCGACCCGCCCCCCAAAUCCCGGUCCUUCCCGACCUGUACUCGCACCACGAGUCCGCUUCCACCUCCGCCCCACUCAUGAAGCCCCAGAUCUACACCGUCUCCGGUACCGGUAUCAUCGCCGCCAGUCCCAUGAGCGAGGUCGUCGACAACCACUCCAUCGACAUCGACCCGUUCUCGCUUACCGAGGCUGUGGGCCGCUCGUUUGUCGGAGAGGAGGUCCAGCGCCGGACUAACGGUUCCUCUUCUAACCAGGGUGUUAUGCGGGAACUUUGGUCCGGGUUCCUUGAUGACGUCCUCGGCCCAAAGGAGACUGCUGCGCGCAAGUAG